AUGCAAAGCACACCACCUGUGAUUUUCACUCCUCUGCUUUUACCUCCUGACUUGACUCCGGGAACAUCAUUUGUAGAAUAUCAGCAAAAUCAGUGGCAUGUAAUAUUAUCCAACACAAAUGCUCUCAUCGGAAAAAGUAUAUUGGCUGAAGAUAAAGCUCAAUCCCAGGAACAGGUGUUUCAUAACAUGAACCAACAAUUAUUAAAAUUGCAAAAAGAAAUUGAUUCUAGCAAUAUUAAAACAAUUAAAACACAGCUUGUAAAUAUUCAACAGCAAAUGGAGCGUGUGUUACAAAUGACAGAAGGAAUUGAAGAUUUAUUGAUUUUCUUAAAAUCCUCCUACAGCCAUUAA